GGACCGUUUCAAUAAGAUAUCGUAUCGUAAAUAUUACGAUAUCGUAACUCGGGUAGUUGCGAGUAGAUUUACGAUUCUCGUAAACCGUUUCAAUAACGCCCUCGUAACUGUCCUCGUAAAACGCUCUCGUAAUCUACGAUUUCUUUAUUGUACAUUCUGUUUUCUUUGGGGUUAUAUUCAAAAUGUCAACAUCCGGUUGUAUUUUUUCCUGCGUACUGUCAAUAUCCGGUAGUAUUUAUUUUACGUACUGUCGUCUGCAACUUUGACGAUGGAGUCUGAAAAAAACCAACGGGCGAAAAAUUGGUCAGACGGUGAAAUUGCUGCGCUUGCAGGCGCAAUUGAAAAACACAACACAAGCUUGUUUGGAAGGUUCAGCCAAAAUUUAACCUCCAAGGAUAAGUCAUCGCUGUGGAAGAUGAUCGCCGAGGAAGUUAAUGCUGUUGGUGGUUGGAGUCGAAAAGGCGAAGACUGUCAACGGAAAUGGACAGACCUGAAGAGUGUGGUUAAAAAAAAGGAACAGAAAAGGCGACUUUCAAUGCAGCGAACAGGAGGCGGGCCUGCGGAAACAGAUAUCAGCCUAAAGCCUAUCCAAGAAAAGGUUCCAAAACCAAUUUCACUUUGAGCCAUGCUUUAGCAUAGAUUGC